AGAUCUGAGAGUCGAGGAGGGAGCAGAAGAGGUGCAGGCUUGCGAUCAGGAGGAGGAAGGUUUAUCAGCAGAUGUAAAAGCCCGCAGUUUGUGCACUUUCUGUACGCUUUAUGCUUUAGUUUAUUUCUUACAGCGGUGCGCCGGCUGCAUUUACACGCUUUACAUAUUUCCAUUUCCAAUCCGAUUGAUCGCUGAUCGUUUUUCUUAGAUCCGUAUUUUACUUGACGCUAUUUUAUUCUAACAAACAGCCUUAACAGACCCACUAAGGGUUCUGUUCGAUUGCAAAGCUGAAAUCGCCUCGAUCAGAUCAUAUUCAUGUCACUGGAUGGAUUUGCUUUUAACUACGUGAGCGCUGCCAGAUCUUCAGAAAUGGUUUCCCAUCAGGAAAUGCGUCCAUUUACAAGAUUUGUCCGAUUCCGGGAGCAGUAAAUUAGGAUUCAUCACACCCCACUACAGCUGAACACAAUCCACCUGUGACCGGUGUCCCCCUGUCAUCUCGGCUCCCUCCUGGUUCAAUUCUGAACCGAGCUUUGGGAUGGAGCAAAGGGACUUAACCCGCCCUCCCCGGUCCAAAGAAAAUGAGGAGUUCUUCUCCACCGUAACAACUAUCAACAGGGCUGAUCUCACUGAGGUAGGCCUACUGACCACCCCAGUCAAAGGGCUUGUCCUCAGCAGUGAUCAGCAGGACCAUGAGGAGGAUGAAGAUCUCGGCCUGGGUAAGGACGUUGACACUACUUCCAAUGCUGACAGCGAGAAGUGGGUGCAGGGCGACAACCUUGAGGAGCAGGAAUUCUCCAUCAAAGAGGCUAAUUUCUCGGAGGGCAGCCUUAAGCUGAAGAUCCAAACUACAAAGCGGGCCAAAAAGCCACCCAAGAACCUGGAGAACUACAUCUGUCCCCCUGAGAUUCGUGUCACCAUUAAACAACCCGGCGAGCAAAAGGCACCCAAGCAUGGCAGAAGCAGCAAAGGUGGAAAGGAGGAAGAUCUCGGACCUCCCAGAAAGAGAACCUACGAGAAGCCCUACAGAGUUGUGGCUCUACAUGAAAACAACAUGAUGGAUGUCCUUGGGGAAAACACAAGACCAAAGCAUGAGCUCAAAACUGACGUUUACCAGCUGAACUGGACAAAGCCAAUGCUAAAAGAGUCAACGUCCCAAGAGGACCAAAGGAAAGAUCCAGAAUCAAAACAAGAAUCAACAUUCAUUAACAAGAGCCUCCUGUCACAGGUCAACACCCCCUUCUCAAAGGCACAAGUCAAAAAGGUCACAGAGGGUUCAUCUGGAAGUCGGUUAGCCUCGGAAAUGACUUGUCCAGAUUCUGACUCGAAUGCUUCCUCACCAGCAGAUAUAACAAUAAGUUCACUAUCUGAAUCGAAUAUUUUAUUGCACUCCUCAGUAAGCAAAGAGAAAAUCCUGCAUGAAGUCACUGAGCAAGUUUUUGGAAACAUCAAAAAAAAGGAUGACCGGAAGGUUUCCACCCAAAAUGCAGACCAGUUAUGGGCAAAAAGGACUGACAAGGAAAGUGAGAAACCAGCUAGAGACAAUACUAAAAUUAAAAAGAUAACCUCUGAUCAAAGUAAGACUCAAAGAGAGGAGGCGGAUAAAUCAGUUAACAGGCCGGAGGAAGAUUUAAAAACAACAGCGACGCGUGUUAGACAUCCAACAGAUGAAUCUAAAAGAAAAAAGAAAAACAAAAAAUUAACUGAGCACAACAUCUCUUCAGAGGCCCAACAAAUGGUGGAAAUAAAAUAUAAGGCUGACCAAAGUGCCCCAAAGCCAAAAGUGGCCAACAAAAUGGAGCUAAGCACAGAAAAGCAAUUUGGAGUACAUUCUCAGAAUCUGGAAGAGGAGAGCUUAGCAGAAGUGACGAAUGUAGAAAUGUCUGAAAUUACACACAAAAUGACGCCCGCUGAUAAACAACAAUUGAAGAUUGUUCAGGAGAAACAGGCAGAAAGGAGGCAAUCGAAGGUCAAAGACAGAUGGGCUUAUUUAAAAUCUAAGAGCUCUGCUCCCCACAAAGACCUUAAUCCAGUGAUGCCCAUUGAAGAGCCACCCUCCGCGUUCCCUAUUACACCAUCCAGUCCACUGUACACUAAUACAAAAAGCCUAACAGUCAUUACCCCCAUAAAGAAGAAACGUGGAAGGCCCAAAAAACAACCACUACUUACUGUGGAGACAAUUCAUGAAGGAACAUCAACUAGUCCCGUAAGCCCUAUUUCUCAAGAUUCCCUAAGCACUACAAAGAGAAGGAGGAAGAAGCAUAAUUUGUCAAAAAUUAUGCAGCUGUCUUUAAAUAAAUCCCCUAAAGCACCACAGGUAAAAAUCCAAAAACCAGGUCAGGUUGGCGCCCUAAAAAAUAAAACACAAAAGGAAACUAAACUGGUUAAAAUGCAGAGCAUUUUGAAUGAACUACUGUCCUGUUCCAACACAAGUAAUCUGGCUUUGAAGUCCAACGUUCCAGUUUCAACUGUGGCUUCAACAAUUGAAGCCAGUUUUGGCAAGCAAAUCAAUGUCAGCAAACGCGGUACUAUAUAUAUCGGCAAAAAACGUGGAAGAAAGCCCAGAGCUGAACUUCAGACUCAGCAAGAUGAGCACAAAGGCAGUGACGAGCACUUGUCGCCUGUUUCAAGUCCAUUUGAGAACCUACUAGUGCCUUCUAAUUCUUCAUUUACAACCAAAAUGCCUUCUCCCAGAGUCAUGCAGUCUCUCUCAGCUCAAUCCUUAUUAAGCGGGAUAGCACAUCAUGCCACCACAGAAGCCAGCCAGCAUGACCUGAAGACCAUGCCAAAUCUACAGCCUAUCAGUGCUUUGCCCACAAAAACUCAGAAGGGCUUGCUUGGUAGUAACUGGAAGCUCUCUCCUCCAAGACUUAUGGCCAACUCGCCUUCUCAUUUGUCAGAAGUGGCGUCCAUCAAAGAGGUCACCCUGUCUCCGGUUAGCGAGUCCCACAGUGAAGAAACUAUCCCAAGUGAUAGUGGCAUCGGUACUGACAACAACAGCACAUCAGACCAGACUGAGAAAGGCCCAGCGUCUCGCAGGAGGUACUCAUUUGAUCUUUGUGGAUUUGAAGCGUCAGAGGCUUCCAUGAUUGAUGCUACAAAUAAAAUGAACCGAGGACACUAUCAGAAGCACAUUGCAACAGUUUCUAUGGAAAAUUUCCUUGCGCAAGAAAGCCUUAAGAAACAGAAACAUAGACGGCGGAGGAAGAGCCUAGCGAGUAGAGAUAAUCUUCAGUUCCUGGCUGAACUUGAGGACCUCAUUAGCAAAUUUCAGGUCUUCCGAAUUUCCCACCGCUACAAGUUUUACCACGAGAACUCUUACCCUAGUAUUUUCCGGCUGAAUUUUGACCACUACUACCCUAUGUCGUACUACCCCUAUGACCCUGUACACUAUCUUCGCAGGAGUUCUGACAAGUCAAAGAGAAGGCGUGGAAGGCCAGCCAAGUCAAAUGAACCUAUAACAAAGAUGCCUUUCAUUCAAGGCUUUGGCUACCCAGCUGCCAGUGGCAACUACUAUGCACCCUACGCGAUGCCUUACACAUCCAUGCCUCUUGCCACAAGUAUGAUGAACAUGGGCUAUUGUGGCCAGUAUCCUCCUCCUUUGUAUCUCACUCAUGCACUUGGCUCUCCAGGCUCACAUCUCAUGCGGCCACCGGUUCCUCCACCAAAGUUCCACUCUGGUGGGUUGUCUAGCCUUUCUGCUGCCAGCAGACAUAGGAUGAAGAGCAUGCCCCAUGAGAUGCCAUCUCAGAGAAUGGGUGACACUCAUCACUCGUCAGGCGGCUGCAUGGCCAGCGUGUGUCUACACAAACGCAAACACAAGCAUAAGCACAAACACAAGGAGGACCAGCACUCGUGUCCACAGAGGGAGAACUUUGGUGGACUCUUUAACGGGUCUUUGCCAAUGUCUAAGAUAAAGGACAAGCAGAGGAUCCAGCAAAGCACAGAAGCAUCAUCCAAGACCACCAGGAACUACUUUGAAGUAGACACACUCUCAUCAUUGUCCUUAUCUGACGCUCAGAGCUGUAAACGAGCCCAAGACGAGCCUCUCAACAACUUCCUGAACAUCUGCACUAAGCAACCACAUGAGCGCCUGCGAGCCAGCCAGGAUCAGCCAUUAGACUCUUUCAAGGGGCAGCACUUACAAGAGGAGGGUUCCCGCACCCGCAGCAGGAGGCAUAGCAUGGAGGAGUUUGCAGCAUACAGUGAGGGGGGCAUGGCGCCUUUCCAGAAUGACAGAGAAGAGAGGGCAAAACAGAUGUACCAAUGUGAUAACACAGCCAUACCAGACAUGAGCUCCUACAAAAAGAGGUACAAGCGGAAAGAGAUCGAAGAGAUCCAGAAUGAGGUGCGCAAGCGGCAGGCCUUCUCCAAGAUCCUGACCAGCAAGAGAAACCUGGACCACGUCAACAAGAUCCUGAAGGUCAAGCGUCUCCAGCGGCAGGCCAAGACGGGCAACAACAUGGUGAAGAGGCGGAGAGGAAGGCCCAGAAAGCAGCCCAUCGACGAUGGUUUCCUGUCUCAAAUGCCUGUAUUAGAAAAGUAUGUGGACUUUCCUGGCAGGGUGAACCUCCACAGUGGGCAAAUGCCCAAUCAGCCAGAAUUCUUUAGCCAUGAUUCUAUUACAGACGCCAUUGAGGCAGUGGUGUACCAGGCCCGGACUCAGAUUGUACCGCAGACCUGUCCCGACUCUCGGCCAGAGGAGCAACUGGAGCGGCCAGCGCGGAAAAGUCGAAAGAACAAGAGGGAUGAGCCUCAUCAGAGUCUCAAUUGAGUUUUAGAAUAGUGCACUGUGAGUUCGACUUGCACUCCUUUAUCCUGCCAGAGCAUUUCCAAGUUCUCUUAUUCUAAAUCAGAACUGAACUGUUCUUCAUGGGCAUUUUUGACAAUGAAUGUGAUCUGAAGUGCCCCGCUUUUACUUACACACCAUCUCUGAAUGCUCUUUACUCUCUUAAAGCCCG